AUGCACGAUAUAAACUGGAGAUUACUGGCAUUAUCUGCACUGUUAGCAGUAACAGCUAUAUUUCAGAUGGGCUAUACAAAUGCGUACCCAAACACAGCUAUUGGGAGUUUUCGGCUUUUCCUGAACCAAUCGUCUGAGGAUCCCAUGACAAUGUCAAAAAGUGAAUUCGAAUGGGCAUGGUCCGCUCUACUAGCUGUUUAUUUUAUUGGAUUUGCGACCGGAAGCAUAAUUUCUGCCAGUAUUGCGGAUAGAAUUGGGAGAAAAUGGACCUUGUUUCUGGGAACAUGUGGAAAUUUGCUGUCUGCUUUAAUUGCGUUGUUCUCAAUAAUUCUCAAAAUGUCAAUGAUGUUUGGAUUUUCAAGACUAGUAAUGUCCCUCUCUUCAGCUAUUUCUAUGAAUGGACUCAUUUUACUCUUCCAAGAGAGCUCACCGAAUCAUAUGAAGGGAUUGAUCUCGUUCAAUGCGGAGAUGGCAUUUGUUCUCACUAAUCUUAUCGGUGGACUUUUGGGAAUGCAAUCUAUCCUGGGACAGAAUCUAGUGGGACUCAUUGCAGUCUCCAUAGUUCCAUCUUCGAUUGCUUGUUUCCUUUCAGUAUUUUUGAAAGAGUCGCCUAAGUACUUAUUUCUCAAAAAGAAUGAUGCUACAGAAGCUGGCAGAGCGCUGAAAUUCUAUCAGAAUAUUCAAGAUGGAGAAGAGAAGGCAAACGUUUUAAAUGAUCUGAAAAUGGAAAGAGAGGAAAUGCAAAAUCAAAGACAUGGAUCAAUUUUUGAUAUUAUUUCCAACCAACCUGUCCGCCGCGGAUUUUUACUUGGAUUUGCUACAAUGCAACUGACGGCUUCUGUAUGGCCAGUGGUCUUCUAUUCGACUGAUUUUCUGAUGGACGCUGGAUUUUCCUAUGAGAUAUCGGAAAGUGCAUCGACAUUCAUGCUAUUCUUUAGUACUUUGUGCACGAUAGUCGGAAUGUUUAUUGUAGAGAAAUUUUCUCGGAGAUGGUUGCUGAUAGGAACAGCUACAAUCAACAUCUUUGCGAUUCUCGGAUUUGCAUUGAGUGCUAUUUUGUCAAUCUACUGGCAGCCUUUAGCUUAUGGAUGCAUAGUUUGCCUCAUUCUCCAUGGAGGGUCUUACAGUGUCGCUAUGGGACCAAUUGCUUGGUUUAUCACAUCUGAAUUAGUUCCAAUCAACUUCAGAGCAGUUUCCCAAUCCUUGGUACUUGGACUCAAUCAUACUGUAGCCUUGAUCCUCUCAUUCCUUACAUUCCCUCUCUACAAAACAAUUGGUCCCAUUACAUUGGUCAUUUUCUUUGUGAUACCGGGAGCUGUGUGCAUACUAAUGCUGAUAUUAUAUCUACCGGAGACCAAGGAUAGGCAUAUCAAUGAUAUUGUGGAAAAACUGAAAGAUGCAAAAGCUAAGCAAAAACAAUCUAGAGCAGAGGCAAAUGAGGAAGAAAGCCAUGGAAUGAAUAAAUUAGAAGCGUAA